AGAAAAACAACCCAAUUCACCCUUUGCAUCGAGGACACACAGUUGUUCACAAUGACUGGUUCAAACUCUCAGUAAGUAUGGACAAAUAUUUCAUUUUCUGAUCACUUGGGUUGUUCAAAAUUCAAUUCCGUAAAAAGUAACAUACAUGGAAAUGUCGUUUAGAGAUAAGAAGCCACAAGAAGAUGGGGAUGGUGGUGCAAAAAAGAGACAAAAGAAGCAAAAGACAGGAGACACCUGGCAACCAGCAGGACCCAAGGACCCUUUUGCCAUGGUUUGUGUGCUAAAACCAAAGUGAACACUCAGCUCCCACAUUUCAUAUCAAGAGGACUCACGUUGCUGUGUGAUUUUAAAACCUCAAUUUUCCCGGGAAAGAUGUGAUAGCAACUUGUUCUUGUCUGUCCUUUACUAAAGCUAGAAAAGCUUCCAGAGAAGCAGCAGCAGGAGAUCCAGAGAGCUCUCCACCUUUUCUCACUGGGCCCAAGUCAGCCAAAAAGCCUGCUGCAGGCCAAAAACCACAAAUAUGUAUUUUGGGACACACAGCCUGUCCCCAAACUGGGUAAGAAGUCAUUUUCCAUUUAUUUUUGUUGCAGCAGUAUCUACCAGGAAACUUAAAAUACUGUCACGGCUCAAAGUUACACUUAAAGCAAAAGUUUGACAUUUAGUAAUAAUCCUUUUUCUGCAGGCAAAUUAUAGGAAAAGAUUUACACAACUCCUAGAUACUGCAGUCAAAUGUGAGAUACAAACUGUUAGCUUAAUGAAAGAACUCAGUCAGGAACAGUGGCGGCUGCUGGUCUUUCAAGGAGGGGAAGCUCAUUUUUCUGGCCUACAUCAUAAUUGUAUUUGUUUAUUAGUAUGUAACAGAACAGAGUCGCCAAACACAACGGCAGUCGUUUUUAACAAAGACAAAAGUCGCUGAGGAUUGGUAAAGUCUCUGGAGCAGUUAAGAACAACGGAAUGAAUGACUUGGAAAAUGCUCUGGUAGAUGUUUUAUUCUUCAAGAUCGCUGAUUCGCUUGUUUAGCUGUCAAUCAAAAAAGGAUUUCGCCUCAGACAGCUCAUCCAAUCAUGAAUGCAGAAGCUUGGAGUCCGGGAGAAAGUCGGGACCGCCCUCUCGCCAUAGAACUCCAGUGAAGCUUAGCUUCCAUUGGGCGGGACAAAGCCCAGCAUUUAUCCAAUGAGCGUCUAGUUUCGCUGCUGGAACAACCCACUUUAAGCUUUCACAUUGAAGUCAGCAGAAGCCCAACGUCCGACUGUUUGAACCGCUGAGGCGCUGCGAGGAUGAAUGAGAAGUUAUGCCGGUUACCUGUGAUUAUCAGCUUCUUAUCACAGUGUCUGAACAAAAGUUGAAGGCUUUCUAGUGCGUAUUUAGUUAAUGAAAUGUACACACAGCAGUACGUAUUUCACCACUUUUUCUUUUUUUGGGGGGGUGACAUUUUAAGGGAAGCCGAGCUUCCCUUGCAGUCUUAGAGCAAUCGCCACUGGUCAGGAAGUAAUGCCAAGUGACAGUAAGCUGACCAUCUGCUUACAGGAUAAGUUUCCUUUUAGGGACAGAAAUUAAAGUGAUAUCAGUCUUCUCAUUUAAUAUUCAUCCACGAAGCAAAUUAGCAUACUUAUUAAACAAAGCUAUUUGUAUUUUGUCCAUAGGUGAAAGUUAUGUGACUCAUGGCCCAGUAUCAGAGGGUGAAACCAGUGUACGCUCAGAACCUUUCUCCUUACCUCAGGGAUUUUUCUGGGACACCCUGGACCUCAGCAGUCCUACAGUGGUAAGUUGUUUACAGUAAGUUUUCACACAUUUGUGCCAUAUUGUAUUUGUUAUGAAGAAAGUAACUGUGCCGCAUUUGGGCGGAAAGUUGAAGUUGAAAAUUCAGGAAAACAAUUGUCUAAUUCGAUGCUCUUCUACUCAUUAUUUUAGCUGAAAGAGCUUAGCACUCUGUUGAAUGAAAACUACAUGGAGCAGGAUGACAACACUAUCAGAUUUGACUUCUCUCCAGACUAUCUUCAGUGGUAAGAAACAGACAGAAGAACGUUGGCACUCUUGACUGAGCUUUAAAUUUGUCAUUACUAAAAAAAUAUAGUCUAGCACCAACUUUGGUUUUCAUAUGUAAUAAUAGAACAAUGUUAUGUGUUAAUAAUGGAACAACAAAGGUAUUUGUGCAGCUCUUUUUUCUUGUUUGCACUUUUUGUGUUUGAGGUAUGUUAGCAAGCUUCUUUGCCCCUGUAUUGUUCAUACAGGGGCAAAGAAGAUGAAACUUCUUGUAGCUUUUGCAUACUUUGAGUUUUUAACCCUGAACCUAUCGCACUCUUAAAUUUGCUGACUGGCUUAUCCAAUCCUUUUCUCUACGAUAACAGUGAUUAGUUUUUGUCCACAUUUAUCAAAAUCAGUGUUCCUAGAAGAGCUACAGGCCUUUAGCUCUGAGGUCAAUGAAAGCUGCUGUAGCCAUUCAAUCUGCACAGUUUUUCUUGAGCUCAGUUCUUUCCUAAGAAAUUGUCCUUCAUUGGAGUUUAACAAACUAUCCCCAUUUGUUGAUUCACAGAGUAACAUUGCAAGCAAUGUCCUUCUUUUGCUCCUAAGGGCUUUACAGCCUCCUAACUGGCUGAUCCAAUGGAACUGUGGUGUGCGAGUGAACACAAAUAACAAGUUGGUGGGUUUCAUUGCUGCUGUUCCUGCAGGAGUCCGCAUCUAUGAGACGUGAGUAGUUCAUAAUUAUUUGCAAAAAUAUGAGUUUAUGUUAGUUCUUGGGGGUUAUAUUAGCAUUCAGAAUGCUUUUUGGAUUAAACUGAAGUAAUUUUCCUACCAACACCUCAAAGAAAAUGCUUCAAAUGUGCUCUGCAGGGAGAAGCCAAUGGUACAUGUGAAACUCCUGUGUGUUCAUAAGAAGCUGCGCCUCAAGCGGAUGACUCCUGUUUUAAUACGAGAGCUCACCAGAAGGGUCAACCAGCAGGGAAUCUACCAGGCAGUCUACACAACUGGCUUGGUGCUGCCCACACCUUUGAGCUCCUGCAGGUAGUAACUGCUGCAUAGUGCUGAUUCAGAGCCAACUUUUCUCACAAUAGCUUUGCAAGAUAGAAAAUAAUCUUUAUAACAAAAAUACCUGUGAACUUAGUUAUUUUCUCAUAAAUUUUUGCAACUUCACCUCUUUAGAACAGCAAACUGCAUUUGGAAAAAAGGAUGCACAGGAUACUUCUAAGUCUGUGCUGAGCACUUAAAUCAAUCAAUAUCCUUACAGUUAAAAGGAAAUUUGAUUAACCUGGCUUGGUUUUAGAGUGCAGUAGCUGUCGUGAAGAUCUUUUUAUUUUUUAUUUUUAUUAUUAUUAUUAUUAUUUUGGCUUUUCUGGAUGUUAGCAAUACAAACAAUGUUUGCUUACAGUAUGUCAAUGUGUCUCUUAUCUGUUGUGCUUUCUUGUUCGUUCUUAUUUUUGAUGCUUCAUCUCCUUUGAGUAUCAACCUGUUUGUUUAAGUACAAUAAUGGAUUUCUUAUAAGUCAGUAUUGACAGUAAAGAACAGUUAAAACACUUUCAGCUCUCUCUGGUGGACUUACUUUCUGGUGAUGGACACUACCUGGGAUUUGUCUUGGGAAUGCUGACUGGACACCUGGUUUCUGAUCCUAAAAAAAAUAGUCCAAAUAUAAGUUGUCCAUGAAAUCAGUGACAAUGAUAAAAAAGAUAGUAACUUAACAGAUGUACAUUCAGCUGGAAAACUUCAGGAGCAUCAUUUUAAAAUUUUCAUGAAUGAUUUAUGAGGAUGUUUCUCUCCUCCUGACUUUUUGACUUUGAUCGUUGCUUUUUCAUUCAUGAGUAUUUAAAGUAAGUUACUUUUUUAAAAUCAAAAGGUGCCAAAGCCUCAGAUACAACAAAUUAUUAAAUAAAACAUCAUGUUUCUGUGGCUUCUUAUGAAUGUAACUCUCUAAUAUUUUUGCUGCAAGUGCUAUUUUUCCUGAAAAAUUGGGGUUACUUAAAAGUUCCUGUCAAGUAUCCUGAACGUUGUAGCAUUUUGGAACUUUUUUUCUUCAAUAAUGUCUUUCCUUUUCUUCCCCCCCAAAAAAUGAUGAUAAAAAAAUGAUAGAUUCUGGCAUCGCCCUCUAAAUCUCCGAAAGCUGGCUGAUGUGAACUUCCCAGGUAUUAGACAGAACAUGAAUCUGCAGAGAGCUCUCAAACUCAACCGUCUGCCUGAGGUUAGUUUCUGCUGCCACCUAGAGGUGACAUUGACUAGGAUUGUGAAAUCCUGACACCACAGUAUUGGGAAAAAAAAAAAAAAAAAUUAAAAUCAGGUUUUAAUAAUUCUUUAAGACUUCUCCUUCCCUGUUAUAUCUACCUUCCUCUCUCUCUCCAAGGUGACAAAAACACCCGGCCUGCGCCUGAUGACUAAAGAGGACGUUGUUGGGAUACACUCUCUACUCCAGUCACACCUCUGCAAGUUUUCCCUCAGCCCCGUCUUGUCUUCCCAGGAAGUGGAGCACUGGCUGUUGCCGAGGGAGAAUGUGAUUGACACCUAUGUGGUUGAGGUCUGACCUUACAGCUUUUCAGCUGCAGUUUCUUUACCUGUAGAGGUAUUAUAGAGCCUCCCUUACCAUUUUCUGACACUGACCUCUCUGCACACAUAGAGGGAUGAUGGCACUUUGACAGACAUGGUGAGUUUCUACAGCACCUCCUACAAGGUCCUGAAUCACCCGGUGCACACUGACCUGAAGGCAGCUGUUCUCUUCUACAUUACCUCUGCUACUGACCCAGCUGACCUCAUGGAGGACGUUCUGGUGCUGGCUAAAACUGUGAGUGUGUCACAAUGAGAGAGUUAAAUGAAAAUCACAAAGGAAGGCCUGAUCAAUUUUGUAUUGCUAUCGUCAAGUUAGAUUGAAUAACUCGAACCAAGGAUGCUUAACUUUAUUUUUCCAGUAAGACAUUUCUAGUUGGACUGUGUAUUUUUAAUUGGUGUAUCGUGAAAUGCAUUUAAAUAGCUUUUUGUUACUGAAAUGUCCGUACUAGUAGUUCAAUGCUUGAAUUAGCAAACUAUUAAAACUUGUUUUUAAUAUGACUUUCUCAGUACAUAUUUAUACAAGAGCUUGGAUAUGUAUUGGCUGAUAUUGCCCUGUCCAGACGUUAAUCCACCAGAGAUUAAUAUGGCUUACACCAAUGUCAAUAGCUGUUGUGGAUCUAUAUAUUUUCAUGUCUUAUCUUUACUGCAUCAGCUUAGUGUUUAAAAACUACUUAAUCUGACUACUGACUCUGAGGCUGUUUUUAUUUUUACAGACUCAAAGAAUUAUAAAGAUUUUGAGGAGUUGCUGUCAGUUUAAGUGUUAUUUCAAACAUCAGUUUCAGCCCUGAUUUUCUCAAUUGGUGCAUCUCCAAUUUUUACUUUCUUCAUAAAAGAGUCAUUUUCUUGCUCUGCUGAUGUAUUAUUUCCCAAGCCAUAUUUUCCUGUAUUAUUGAUGUUCUACUAGUUUUUAAGACCCAACAUUAAUCCCGUGUGCCCUUCUCUUAAACUACACACAUACAUUUACUUGCUGGAUUAACCAACGACAAAAUCGGAGCAAGAUUAUAAACAUUAAUACUGACAAAAUGUUAUUUAUUUGUGCAUUAAACAAAUUUAAUGCCCUUUUUUCGUAUUUGCAGACGGGUUUUGACAUCUUCUCUGCUCUAGACGUGAUGGAUAAUAUGAGUUUCCUUAAGAAGCUUAAGUUCAGCAUCAAUGAGUCAAGCAUUCAUUACUACCUGUACAACUGGAAGUGUCCAACUAUGAGCCCCGACAAGGUACUGAAAACAUUAGUACUGUCUUUGUGAGAAUUCAAAUAGCUUGCCUUAUAUGGUAGUUAUUUACUGUUUGACCUAAAGUAAAAUGAAGACCCACCUAUAACCUUUUAAUGUUUUACAUGUUUAAUGAUAGAUAGAAAUAUGUCACACUGCUGUUUUAAUGUACUGUAUAACUGAAAAAUCAGUUGAUUCACAGUCUGUUAUAAAACCUAAAACAAUCCUUAAAUGAACCCCCACACACACACACACACACACACACACACACACAAUUGCCUUACUAGUGUGUGAACUCUCUUACAUUAUCACAUAAUAUAUUUGGUGGAAAUUAUCCAAAAGUCUUAGAUUUUCAAGAAAGCUAGGUGCUUUUGUGUCACUCAAGUUAAUUCAAAUCCAUUGGUGCAUGUUUUGCAGGUCGGUUUGGUAUUACCAAACUAACUUUCCACUAAAAGAUGACAGAGCGAUUGAAGAAGAAUGGAUCAGCGCGAAUGGUUGGACAUUAAAAUGCAGCACUAGCAUAAGGUUGUGUUUUCGAUAAAAACUACCAAACUGUCGAAAACAUAAAUACACCAAGGGAUCAAUAGAACAAAUAAAGACACAAUUGUAUUUGUAAAUACAUCUGUCGUCAGGGUGUGUUAUUCAGUCAGCCAGGGAAUCUCUCAGAUGGGGAGCUCUCUCUCUCUCUCUGUCUGUGUGUGUGUGUGUGUGCGUGCGUGCAUGCAUGCGUCUGUGUAUGUGUGUAACUGAAUAUUUCAACAGGCUAUUCACUUCUCAUAACUCCAGGAGACAUGACACUUAAUAAUACAGCGGCCAAUUCACAAAUUGGAUUUAAGGGCAAGAUCAUUAAUCAUUUGCUCUCCCACAAAACAGUAUAAACAGUCAUACAAUACACACACACAUGCUCACAGACUUCCUUACACAUGUGACCACUUAAUCUAUCUCACUAUGCAUAUUGCUCUUGUAUUAAAUACGUCAGGCCUAAAUGAAAUCAAGCUGUAUCUGAUCAAGACAUGAUAUGAUACAUGAAGUAUGUUCAUGAUCAAAGAGUGUUUCUAUGAAAUUAACCCCGUACUGAAGUUUUACAGACAUUGCUACAGUAAAGACCAGCAGGUUUUUUUCCCCAAAAUGCAUAUCCAAAUCAAGAAUUCAUGUCUUAAAAUUGAGAGGAACAUUGUGUUCAGCCUUGAUGGGAAAAAAAAGACUCUGGGUAACCCUGUAACAUCGUAGUUGUCUUCUCAGUUUAACAAGGAGUCAGUUAAGGAGGUUGAGUGACUCCUUCCAUUGGUUGAGACCAAAUACGUUUAAGGAUUACUACCUUUAAAGUAGAAUACAGUUUACUUUAAAACCACAAGGGCCAUAAAGUUUCAAUAAAUGAUCAGCAGGGGGCACUCUAAUCCUUACAUUUAGGUUUGGCUUUUAAUUGUGGACAGAAACUGAAGUGCUGUAGCUUCUCUGCAGGGUUACAUAUUGUUAUUUUCAUGUAUGUGGGGACACACAGCCUAAAUGUUGGUUUACAAAAUAGCAAUAUGUAUUUUUUUGAAAAUAAAAAGUAAAAACAUAAAA